UUCAAAUAUGGACGCUUUGAAACGCGCCUGUUCCCGAGUAUAGAGGUUGACGGCACUGUGGCCACGUUCUUCCUCUUCAAGAACGACAGCGACAAGGUGGAGGGGGCGUCCUGGCAAGAGAUCGAUUUCGAGGUCCACGGUAUGGGAAUCCACAGCGACAAGCCCAUCCAGACUAACAUGAUAUCUGGUGCCAUCGGGGAGCGCAGUAUGUCUGAGAAGUUUUUCGCCGCACCCGGUAGGCCAGGACGGAAAGCGGCACAAACGAAAGCUAUCAAAAGAGGAUUCCACCACUUCGCUGUCGAGUGGACGCCCGAUCAUGUCUCAUGGUAUUUUGAUGAGCGACGCAUGCGUCGUGUCGUCUCUUGCGAUGCUCCCGGAGCAGACGCGGAAGAGUGCAGCCCUGAAGUGUCACAGCUCAACGGGACAAUGAACCUUCGGAUGUCCUUGUGGCCCGUCGAUCCAGCACUAAACUGGGCCGGAGUAUUCGAUGAGAAACAUACUAAGCUUCCGCUCACCGUGUACUACGACUACGUGAAGGUGUAUGACUAUGAUCCCAUUUCCAAGGGUCGGGAAGGAGAAAGGGAAAGAGAGAACAUGGUGUUCAUUCGCUUCUGUCUGUCUGUAUGAUGGUAAUCCCUCAGGGUUUUCCUUGAAGUGGGCUGAUGACUUCACUUCGUUCAACAGCUCUCGGUGGGAAGCAGGCACGCAUACGUUUGACCGGAACUACGCCCAUUUCCGCCCCGACAAAGCCAUCAUUGUCGAGGGAGAUGAUGUGAAUGCGUCAUACCUUGCCCUCUCUCUUACACCAGCCAAUGCCAGCAUCGUGGUCCCGGUUCCUCGGGACACCAAGCGCAACCGCUACGAACACAAAGAAGUCUGCGAAGCUGGCACGACCGUCGUGUGGGAGAAAGGGCUGCGCUAUGAAGGCGGCAUUCUCUCAUUCGCAAUGCACGUUCCGGCCGAUGAUGGCCUAGUCCAGUGUGCUGCCGCCUGCGCGAAGACGGCAGGGUGCAGCUUAUUCUCUGUGUAUGACAGAAGCGAUUGCACUGGCUUCGUUUCUCCUGCUCGACAAGUCCAGGACGAAAGAGCCGAUGCAGGAUUCAUCUGCAUGGACGGUGAGCCAGCGGACGAUCGUGUUUUCCGUCACCUUCGGGAACUGUAGGAAGUGCAGCGAGCUACGUGAUGAAGAGCAGCUGCCAGCCCAGGCGACCUCUCGACAUCCCACCUUACGCUAACCCUUUGAGCUCACCCAGAAGAAGUCGACGAGGGAUGGCCACUUUGUGUCGAGCUCGUCGAGCAUCGCCUGGCGGUCGACGCUGGUGUAGCAGUGAAUGAUUUGUCUUUGCUUUGUCUUUGUUGCAGUCAGCCAGGUGCUUGUCUGCCCAGUCAAUGCGGAGAAGGCAGGCAGGCAGGUAGUGCGUGUCUCUGUACAGACUUGUGUGAUACAUAUCUCGCGAACCAGAGCAAGUGAGAAGACGGCUGUUUGAGUGAUCAAGGGUCUUUGAGUGACACUUCAGUUGCUAGUAGCCUGGUGCUUGUCUGUCCAGCCUGUCUGUCCAGCCGCUGCAGAGAAAGCAGCAAGGCACUGCCAGACAGUGGUUGUCGUCAGACAGAAUUGAGUGAAGGACAUCUCGCGAACCAGAGUGGAUUGAGAGUGGAUUGAGCGGUCCGUGGCGGUGCCUUGGUUGCCGAGAAAGGAGCGAGUGGAUAGUGGGCUGUUGGAGGGGUGACAGUUGAGAAUGAAGGAGAGCGAGUGGGGAGCUGCUGCUUGGUGCGAGUAAGGCUCUCACCCGGUCGGUUCACAGCAAGGCUCUGACCUGGUCGGUUCACAUUGCCUUUUCAUCGGCUGGGUGGGCUGCCCGGUGUGUAGGCUCGAUUGAAUGGCAGUGCCUGCGCGGUUAUUUCUUUACUAGGUCGGUGCGGAUCUGAACUUUCCCCUAGCCAGCGAUACUGGCGGAGCGCGCGAUUAUCGGUUAAAUUCGCAGGUCUGAC